GGGGGGGGGGGAGGGAGCAUUAACCUAUAACUAGCAAUACUCUUCACAUUCGUACUACAUCCUUCUUUCCUCGGCGGGCUACUUCCGACCCCGGCUCAGCAGCAGCCAUGAAGAAGGACGACCUAGAGUUCCAACGCCUACACGAAAAGCCCGAGACCGCAUCGACCACCGAGGACUUCAAGACCCUCUUCCCCGUUACAGAUCUCUCGCGUGGGCUCGUGGGGUGGGAUAGCCAGGAUGACCCGGCCAACCCCCAGAACUUCCCCGCCUCCAAGAAGUGGACCCUGCUGGCGCUCAUCAGCUCCAUCACCUUCAUCUCGCCGCUCGCGUCGAGCAUGUUCUCCCCGGCGAUCGAGUUCGUGGCCAAGGAGUUCAUGGUCACCAACGAGACCUUGCUCUCCUUCAGCGUAACCAUCUUCCUGCUCGGGUUCUUCGGCCCUCUGCUACUCGCCCCGCUCAGUGAGAUCUACGGCCGUCGGGUCGUCCUCAGCGGCGCGAAUUGGUUCUUCGUCGUCUGGCAGAUCGGCUGCGCCCGCGCCCCCAAUAUGACCACCCUCAUCGUGUCGCGCUUUUUCACCGGCAUCGGCGGCUCGGGCUGCGUGACUCUGGGCGCCGGAGUCAUCGCGGACUUGUUUCCAACCGAGCUGCGCGGUCGGGCCACCGCCAUCUGGGCCAUGGGGCCUCUCGUGGGGCCCAUCAUUGGCCCUAUCUGUGGUGGUUUCGUCGGUGAGACGAUCGGCUGGCGUUGGGUCUUCUACCUCCUGAUUAUCAGCGGUGCGGUUAUUUCGGCCGGGAUCGAGGCCCUGAACCAGGAGACGUAUGCGCCGCUGCUGAUCCGAUGGAAGACGGCGCGGCUGGCCAAGGAGCUGGAUAGGGUCGACCUUCGCAGCGUCUACGACGUAACCGGCAGUAUGCACCAGGCACCGCCCUCGGCCCGUCGGGUUCUGGCGCAGGGACUCAAACGGCCCGUGGUGCUGUUCUGCAAGUCGCCUAUUGUGCUCCUUCUUUCCGUGUACAUCGCUUUCGUAUACAGUUUGCUGUAUCUGUUCUUCACCACCGUGACCUCCGUCUUCGAGGAGCGGUAUAGCUUCUCGACCGGUCUCGCGGGCCUCGCGUACAUCGGCAUCGGCGUCGGGUUCUUUAUCGGCCUGUUGACGGUAUCACUGACCAACGAUCGCAUGGUCAUCAAGCUGACCGCUCAGAACGGCGGCAAGUUCGAGCCCGAGAUGCGUCUGCCGCUGAUGAUCAUCUUCAGCUGCAUCAUCCCCAUCACCUUCUUCUGGUACGGCUGGUCGGCCGAGAACGCGCAGAAAGUUCACUGGAUCGUCCCCAUCAUCGGCAUGAUUCCCUUCGGUGUGGGCAUGCUCGGCAUCUGGAUGCCCGUCCAGACCUAUGUCAUUGACGCAUACCCGGCCUAUGCGGCCUCCGCGAACGCCACCAUGACGGCCUCGAGAUCGCUGAUGGGCGCUUUGUUACCUCUGGCGGGCCCUACCAUGUUCCGCAACAUGGGCAUCGGAUGGGGUAACUCGCUGUUGGGGUUCCUGGCCUUGGCCUUUGUGCCGGUCCCGUUGCUGUUCACCCGAUACGGCAAGAUGAUCCGCGAGAGGUUUCCGGUUGACUUGGAUUGAUGAGCCGUGGCCACAAAGACGAUGCAACGACCUGCUUAACAUGUUUUGAUAGACU